CUGCCAAAGCAAGAGGCGCGCCACUGGACACUAUGCAAUGGAGUAGCGGAAAAUUAUUGCUGACUACGUUGCAACGCAAAAAUUUCGACGGAUUUGCGCAUGUCUAGCCAACGCGUUUGCCGCUCACCGCGACGCACAAAAUCGGAUGCACAAGUGAGGUGGUGACGGCGGUGGUGAUUUGCGCAAACCGCAGUCUAAGCAUUCGCAUUUCAUUUUUGCAACAUUUAGCGUUGCAUUAGAGCAUAAUCGCAUACAGUUUUGCAAUUGCAACAUGCAGUAAUCGCCAACCGGUCUGACGGACCAGUUUCGUUCGAUUAGUUCUCUGUCUGGCGACUUGUGCAAACGAAAGUGAAUGUGCUGACGGCUAAAAGCUACGUUUCGCCGGCUGGAAAAAACAUAAACAAACUUUGCUAGCGAUUCAGUUAGCUUAGGCGUGGACAAAGCCGCAAGAAACCAUACAAACGUUAAUCACGUGUGACUGCGCACCUUCGCAAGCCCCCUUAUAUUGUGCGGAAUAAAAAAUAAAAAACUUGCAACAUGAUUGAACGCGAAGUCAUACACACAAAUAAAACAUCAAAACGCAUAAUGGACAUCAUGCAGGAUAUAAGUGAAUUCUUUGUGGUGUUUGUAAAAAUACUCUUAGAGUUAUUGCAUAGUCUUUUUGAAAAGUUUAUGACAAAAAAGCUGAAGGAUAUUAGCGGUGAAAUUAUAUUGAUAACAGGGGCUGGACAUGGUAUUGGACGCGAAUUGGCGCUACAUUAUACGGCAUGGGGUAGUGUUGUUGUCUGUGUCGAUAUAAAUGAGAAGAACAAUGAAGAGACUUUGAAGAAAGCUCAAAGACUUAUGCAAAAUUCUGUUUACGCUUACACUUGCGAUGUUGCGAAUCGUGAUGCCGUUUUGAAGCUAGCCGCCAAAGUUGAGGCUGAAGUUGGGCGUAUCUCUGUGUUGGUAAACAAUGUCGGAAUCAUGCCGACACAUCCGCUGGAGCAACAUACUGCUGAAGAGAUAAGACGCGUAUUCGAUAUAAAUGUCUUAUCACAUUUCUGGACACUUGAAGCAUUCCUGCCGCAAAUGAAGCAACAGGGACGUGGUCAUAUCAUAUGUAUUUCCUCGAUUGCCGGAGUUGUAGGGCUAACAAAUUUGGUGCCAUAUUGUGCAACUAAGUACGCUGUGCGUGGCAUGAUGGAGGCGUUGCAUGAGGAAAUACGCGAGGGACCUUACAAAGACUUUAUAAAACUGACAGUUGUUUACCCCUACAUGACCAACACUGGUCUCUGCAAACGGCCAAAAGUGAAGUUUCCUUCAAUGCUUGGCCUACUGGAUCCUAAGGAGGUGGCCAAACAUAUUGUGGAAGCACACCGUUCAAAUGUUAAUGAAACUACAAUACCUGGUAGCUUGCUCCAUGUCAAUAAUUGGUGUCGUUUGUUGCCUUUGCGUUGUGGUCUUUUACUUAAGGAUUAUAUAGAUAGUGGUGUUGAAUCAGAUUUGUGAAAUUGCUUUACCUGCAAGCUAAGCUAACUUCAAUGUUUUUAUUCUAAUUGGUUUUGUAUUAUAGUGUGUGGUUUUUGUUUUGUAAGUAUGUAUUUUAUAAAGAACAAUUAAAUAAAAUUGAUGUUCGGUUAUAUGUGAAUUAAAAACAAAUAACGAGCAGAUUGAAUAAAAAGUUGUUAAAACAAUA